AUGUUUGUACUUUGUCGCACAUGCGCCGAAACUUUAAACCAGGGGGACUGUGAACAUAGUGACGAUGGGCGGUCGUUAACAGGUACCUGGGUAAUCGAUGAAGUGAAAAAAGCUAUUGAAAAAGGUUACAAAGUAUUGGAAACGUAUGAAAUAUGGCAGUACGCAACUGAUCAGUACGAUAAACGUAGUAAAACCGGUGGGUUAUUUAAUGAAUAUAUCAACAAAUUUUUGGGUAUUAAACAGCAAAGUUCUGGGUGGCCAUCAGGUUGCGAUACUCCUGAAAAGAAGGAUAAAUAUGUUAAUGAUUACUUUGAGACGGAAGGUGUUACGCUUGACCCGAAUAAAAUAGAAAAAAAUCCAGGUUUGAGACAAUUAGGGAAGGCUGUAAUUACAUCGUUUUGGGGUAAACUCGGUCAACGCGAGAACCAAAGUAAAACCACCAUAGUUAAGCAACCUGGGGAGUUUUAUAGUAUGAUGACCAAUCCUUCAAUGGAUAUCAAUUCUGUUUUACCAGUUAAUGAAGACACGCUACUAGUAAACUGGGAAUUUAAAGAAGAGACGUAUAAUCCCUUAUCGACUGUAAAUGUCGUUCUUGCCGCUUACACUACGGCCCAUGCUCGCUUAAAGCUAUACGAGUAUUUGGAGAGGUUGGAAGAAAGAGUUCUCUAUUAUGAUACGGAUUCGAUAAUCUACGUAUCAGCUCCCGGGCAGUACGAACCACCCUUAGGGCAGUAUUUGGGCGAGUUGACUGACGAGUUAGAAGAAGAAGGUGUCGGAAGUUACAUUAAGGAGUUUGUAUCAGGUGGUCCAAAGAAUUAUGCCUACAAGGCGUGGUCCAGUUCUAAACAAUGCGAUGUAACUGUAUGUAAAGUCAAAGGGAUAUCUUUGACAUACAAAACCUCACAACUAAUUAAUUUCGACAAAAUAAGAGAUAUGGUCCUAGAAAAAGAAGAAACGGAACCUAUUCUCGUAUCAUCUAAACUUAUAACCCGAACGGCGGAACACAAUGUACUAACAAUGAACACCUCUAAACUGUACCGGCUAAACUCUACAAAGAGAUGUUUCUCAUCCAUAGAUGGUUCUUCCCGUCCAUACGGAUUUAAGAAGCUUAGGUUAAGUGAACAUUGA